AUGAAGGGCAGUGAUAGAACUGACAAGCUAAUUGUGCUACCGUGGUUCUGGCCUGAAAACAAAAGGUUUGAUUUUGAGGACUGUGAGAAGAUUUUCAGUAAUUAUAACUGCCACUUUACAGAUGACAGAGCUUUGGGUGAGAGCUAUUUCCUGACCAUUAGCAGCUGCAAAUUCUACCUUUCCUUUGAGAAUUCAAUUCACAGAGAUUACAUUACUGAAACAUUCAGUGGACCUCUUACAGCUGGCAUUAUGCCUAUAAUGUUCGGCCUGCCAAGAAGUAACUAUGAGGAUUUUGCCCCAGGUACUUCCUUUCUACAUGUGAAUGAGUUUCCUGAUACCAGAAGACUGGCUGAGUUCUCUCUGGGGGUGGAUAAGGAUAAUGAGGCUUUUAUGAGGUACUUUAAAUUAUGCAGGUUCUUAAAUUGUGAGUUUGUACACACUAUCUGCCAGGACAAUGACCAUGUGGGUAUAACUAAGGAUCACAGAGCGGUGCCUGAUGUGUACAAGUGGUUCUUUCCAUGA